AUGAUUGGUCACGAGCAGAGAUCAAGCUUCUUCGUUCCCACGCGGCACAGCAAAAAAGCUGUCGCCCCCAAAGCUCCCCUUUCGGGUGCCAUCAUCGCCCCGGACUCAACCUUUCUUUCUGGCGUGACCCCGUUCACCGCAAUCGUUCGAUACACAUCAUGCAACUUGGUUUCCGCAAAUGGUUGCGGAGUUACUCCGCCCCUCGACCCCGGUCAUUCGUCUCGACUCCCAGCGCUUCUCCCCCCCAUUUCCCCGCAUCAUUUCGCCUCCAACCCCGGAUUUCGGAUGGGACCAACGAGCCGUUUGCAUUUCAAGCUUAACGCUGAGCUGUCAUUUGGUGCUUUUCUGUUUCUGGACUCUUACUCCGAACGCGAGAACGAAAAAUGGAGUCUUGGCUUGAUACUCUUGUCUUUCAACGAGGCAUAUUUCGAUGAUCCCUCCAUCACUGGUGUUGGAGAGAUCUUCAUCACUACAGUCAAGAAGCAGUACCUACUUUCCCCCGGUCUCGAUUGUGAAUGGCUGGGAAUAUGUAACCCCAUCGCUCAGAGGGGUGGUAGUGGAACGGUGAUUAUCCCGACAUGGGGAAAAGCUGGGACGAAACCACCCAUGCAUGCCGCUCUUUUCGCUUUUUCCGCUGCGGGAAGCCAUACAGACCCCGAAUCAACCUUCCGUCCAAUCUACAACUCUCCAAGGAAGGCUCCCCCAAAGUUCACGACAACUGUUGGGGGAAUAAAGAUGGCAGACGGGAAGCAGUCCGAGGUGGACCACGCCUCGCUGCAUCACGAACACCGCGCCGGCGACCUGAAAGAUGUGCCGCCAAAGCUCUCCCUCGAGGCCGAGCGGCGCGGGCUGCAGCCGCCGCCCAUCGUCGCGGCCAUGUCGCAUGAAUACCGCGUCGAGCUUGAGAAGAAGUUCAAGCGCAAGGUGGACAUUCGCUUGCUUCCCAUGAUUGUUCUUAUGUACAUCUUGAACUACAUUGACAGGAACAACAUCGCCGCGGCGCGUCUGGCGGGUUUGGAGCGGGAUCUCAAUCUCGACCCGAAUUCGAACCAGUUCCAGACGGCUGUGAGUAUCUUGUUUGUCGGAUAUCUUCUCAUGCAGGUGCCUUCAAACCUGUUUCUCAAUAAGAUUGGGAAGCCUGCGCUGUACCUGCCAACAUGUAUGGUGAUCUGGGGCGUCAUCUCCGCCGCGACAGCCGCCUGCCGCAACUACGCAGGCCUCCUCGUAAUCCGCUUCGUCCUCGGCUUCGUCGAGGCCGCCUACUUCCCGGGCUGCCUGUACUACCUCUCCUGCUGGUACACGCGCGAGGAGCUCGGCCUGCGCACGACGAUCCUGUACACAGGCUCGCUCAUCUCGGGCGCCUUUUCGGGCCUCAUCUCGGCGGGUAUCACGGGCAACAUGGACGGCGCGCGCGGGCUCGGCGCCUGGCAGUGGCUGUUCCUCAUCGAAGGGGUCGUGACCGUCGGCGUUGCGUUUGCGGCCUUUUUCGUGCUGCCCAAUUUUCCGCGGACGACGUCGUGGUUGAGCGAGGAGGAGACGGCGCUCGCGGUCUGGAGGCUGGAGGAGGAUAUCGGCGAGGAUGAUUGGAAGAAUAGCGGGGAGCAGACGUUUUGGCACGGGUUCAAGACGGCGUUGGAGGAUGUCAAGACGUGGAUUCUGUUGGUCCUCAUCUUCUGCAUCGUCGCCUCAGCCUCCAUCACAAACUUCUUCCCCACCGUCGUCCAGACCCUCGGCUACAACUCCGUCAUCUCCCUCCUCCUAACCUGCCCGCCCUACGUCCUCUGCGUCAUCACGACCUGCAUCAACGCCUGGCACGCCGACCGCACGGGCGAGCGCUACUUCCACAUCGUCGUGCCCCUCUGCGUCGCCAUGGCGGCCUUCAUCCUCGGCGCCGCAACGCACGCGACCGCCCCGCGCUACGUCGCCAUGAUGCUCCUCGUCCCCGGCGUCUACACGGGCUACACCACGGCGCUGGCCUGGAUCAGCAACACCCUGCCGCGUCCUCCCGCCAAGAGAGCCGCUGCGCUGGCGUUUAUCAAUGCCGUUAGUAACUGCAGCAGCAUUUACGCGAGUUACUUGUACCCCAAGAAGGACAGCCCGCAGUACACGGCGGCGUUCAUUCACAACUGCGUUGCGUGCUUUGUUGCCAUUUGCGCGGCGACGGUAUUGAGGUUUGUGUUGGUGGGGUUGAAUCGCAAGUUGGAGAGGGGGGAGCACGUCGAGGGGGCUAUCAAUGCUGCGCCGGGAGAGGCGGCGGCGCAUGGAUUCCGAUUCAAGAUAUGA